CAGUUUGGAGGUUAAGAUUUGAAAACAGAAAAAUUAGUUGUCUUUUUGGUUUUGCAGUUUUGCACUGAAUUUUUCCAAACAUGGUUUCAUUAUUGAAUUCAAUAGAUACUGGUCAUGAAGACAUGAUACAUGAUGCAGAGGUGGAUUAUUAUGGCCUUCGUUUAGCUACUUGCUCAUCAGACAAUAGUGUAAAGGUAUAUGAUAUAAAAAACGGUGCUUCAACUCUACUAGAUGACUUGAAAGGCCACUUCGGGCCUGUGUGGCAAAUAGCAUGGAGCCAUCCUAAAUUUGGAAAUCUCUUGGCAUCCUGUUCCUAUGAUAGAAAAGUAAUUAUCUGGAAAGAACAACAAAGAAAGUGGUUGAAAUACUAUGAGUAUGCAAACCAUGAUUCCAGUGUUAACUCAGUUCAGUUUGCUCCUUCUGAGCUAGGUCUUAUUCUUGCCUGUGGCAGUAGUGAUGGAUCUAUUUCAAUCCUCACCUAUAAUCCAGAAACAAACAAUUGGGAUGCCAAGAAAAUUCAAAAUGCUCAUGCCAUUGGCUGUAAUGCUGUUAGUUGGGCCACUGCAAUCACACCAAUUGGCAAUGGGGAAACUGAUCUACAAAGUCCACCUGUAAAACGAUUGGUUUCUGGAGGGUGUGACAAUCUGGUCAAGAUAUGGAGAGAAGAUGGAGACAGGUGGGUGGAGGAAUCAAAACUGGAAGUUCAUUCUGACUGGGUUAGAGACGUAGCCUGGGCUCCAUCUGUUGGACUUCACAGGUACACAAUUGCCAGUUGUUCUCAAGAUCGCAGAGUAGUAAUCUGGACAAGUAAUGAUUGUAUCAAUUGGAACUCAAAUGUUUUGCAUACUUUUGAUGAUGUUGUGUGGAAUGUUAGUUGGUCUCUGAAUGGAAAUAUACUGGCUGUAUCUGGUGGAGAUAAUAAAAUUACUCUCUGGGAUCAGAAUACUGAAGGAGUUUGGCAGUGUAUAAGUGAUGUAGCAAAGGGCCAAGGACAAAUCAAUAAUCAAUGAUUGAUAAGUAGUGUUAUAGUG